UACCCAUCAUAAGAGUUUAGAGGCCUCUUUGAUUCUAACCCCUUAAUUAUGGCUUCAAUGUCUGCUCAUGGGUCAGCUGGUUCAUGGACUGCAAAGCAAAACAAAGCCUUUGAGAAGGCUUUGGCUGUGUAUGAUCAAGACACACCUGAGCGAUGGCUCAAUGUUGCUAAGGCCAUUGGUGGGAAAACCGAAGAGGAAGUGAAGAGGCACUACCAACUUCUUUUGAAGGAUGUUAAGCAAAUUGAGUCCGGUGAAGUUCCUUUCCCAUAUGGAAGGUCCAGAUGAUUGAGAAGA